UUAAAUCAAAAUCAAACAUGGCGCGCGUACACACGGUUCCGCAAAUUUUUCAUUUUUUCAUUUAUUUCUCAUUUAUUUUAUGUUGUUUUACUGGUUUUGUGAGUGCCAAUCGCGAAUUGAAUGAAGACAACUGGAUAGAAAUCCUUGAGGGAGAAUGGAUGGUCGAAUUCUAUGCACCGUGGUGUCCAGCCUGCAACGCCUUAUCCCCGGCAUGGCGGGAGCUAUCAACGCGAGCCACGCGCAAGUCCCUCGGCGUGAGGACUGCGGCGGUAGACGUUACCAAGUCUCCUGGCCUUAGCGGGAGAUUUGUGGUCACUGCGCUGCCUACUAUCUUCCAUGUGAUCGACGGUGAAUUCCGCCAGUACAAAGGUCCCCGGGACGUGGAUUCCAUGCUGGGCUACGUGGAAGACCAGCGGUGGAAGCAAACAGAACCAGUCCCAUCAUGGAAGGCGCCCAACUCCAUACAGAUGACUCUGGUUGCUGAGUUCUUUAAACUCAGUCAAGCGCUCAGGAGUGUUCACAACAUGCUGAUGGAAACAUACGGGCUGCCUACAUGGGGCUCCUAUCUGAUCUUCGCAUUAGCCACCAUAUUCAUUGGAGCACUACUUGGACUGAUCCUAGUAUGCAUCAUAGACCUGCUGUACCCGCCGCGGCGCGGGGAGAAGGUGUUCGUGUCGCAGCAGGAGCUCGACAAGCGGGCCAGGGGCGACCAGGAUGCUAAGGACAAGUCGGAUGAUGAUCAGGAGCUGAUCAACGACGACAUCGUGGAUGAUGACGACAAUGAAAAGAACAGCGAUGCAGAGAAGAAUUCACCCAGCGAUUCAUCAGAGGAAGACAAAGAGAAGCCGGCGGCAGCGGGCGGCGACUCCGCCCCCGCGGGCGCCGAGCGAGGCGAGGUCCGCAAGCGCAGGCCCCGCAAGGCCGACUAGGCGACCGCCCGGGUCUAGCCCACACACUUGCUUACGCCGGGGACCUACAGUUUUAACCAAACAGCAACAUCUAAAACAUGGAGGACAUAAUGUAUAGCGGAGAUGUCAUAACGCGAAAUCUUCUAAGAAAGUAGCGCGACAAAAUGCGGGGCGAGGGGACGAGAAACGUUACUAGCUCCGCCCUUAUACGACUUCUUUGGAACCAAAUCACCUAUCAAUCAAGAUCAAUCUUUGACUGAUUGGUCUUGAUUUAACAAGGAUGUCGAACGUCUCGUUAGGUGUAGUUACUGGUCGUUUUAAUCGUACCUACCGAACGUUACUUGACCAUAAGAAGGCGCCUGACCUACCAGCCUUAUGGCAUCUCCGCUCUUCUUUCCUUCUUCCGUGAUCACUUGUUAGGCCAAAACUAAGAAGUGUACAGUUAAACUGACAAUGUAUUUUAAUUAUUAACUUUUAUGGUUGAAACUGAAGGUCUGUAGCCGUCUUUACACAACAACACUAAGACAACAUCGGUUCAUAUAUUUUCUGAUAGUGUGCACUUUUUUCAAAAUUUUGUUUUUACAUACUAGAAAAAUAUGUCAAGUAAACCCUGUGACCUAUGAAAGUAUCUAAUUGAGAUUCUAUUCAUGUUAAUAUCACCCAGAUGCAAGUAAAAAAAACUUUAAAAAAUAAUUCGAAAAUCAUAAUAAUAUGACAAUACAGUUCAGCGGUUAGCGCCUUCUAAGUUAUAACUUCAUAUGGUCAUGAACCCAUUAUUUUUUUUGUGAAUCUCUAAUAUAAAAUAUACAGAAUCUUGAAAACACGCACACUGUUAUAAAAUAUUAACACUUAAAUAUAAUUUACUUACACUAUCGGAAAAUAUUGAAAUCGACUUACAACAAGCGAAUUAUAAAGUUGGUUAGACCUCUUAGAGCGAAAAUAUAAAAUUCCUGAGCUUUAGAGGUCAGAAAAAAACGAAGCCUUAUAGCGGUUUCUUAUUAGCAAGGAGAAUUCGCCCUUGACCUUCAAGGUCACCUACAAUGUCGCGAAUUGAGUAAUCAGUUUCAAUUUAUGAAAUAACUCGGA